CGUGUGACCUGUUUAUUUUUGGUUUUUUGUUUAAGCAACUCGGUAUUACAUCGGUUUUUUUAACGAGUAAUGCGUUUCUCGGGUGCAAAACGUCCUGAGCUUUCCCCGAAGCGGUUUUGACCAAGACAACGAUGACCACGGAAACAAAGAUGAGCAGCUCGGAAGAGGUGUCCUGGAUUUCGUGGUUCUGCGGACUUCGUGGAAAUGAAUUUUUUUGCGAGGUCGAUGAAGAUUAUAUACAAGAUAAAUUUAAUCUUACCGGAUUAAAUGAACAAGUUCCACAUUACCGUCAAGCACUGGAUAUGAUUUUAGAUUUAGAACCUGAUGAUGAUUUGGACGAUAAUCCAAACCAAUCGGAUUUAAUUGAGCAAGCUGCAGAAAUGCUUUAUGGCCUGAUACACGCUCGUUAUAUAUUGACAAAUCGUGGAAUAGCUCAGAUGAUUGAAAAAUACCAAGCUGGUGAUUUUGGUCACUGUCCACGUGUUUACUGUGAGUCUCAGCAAAUGUUACCACUAGGAUUAAGUGAUGUUCCUGGUGAAGCUAUGGUUAAAAGUUAUUGUCCUAAAUGUAUGGAUGUAUACACACCAAAAAGUUCACGGCAUCAUCAUAAUGAUGGUGCAUAUUUUGGUACAGGAUUCCCACAUAUGUUGUUUAUGGUUCAUCCGGAAUAUCGACCUAAACGUGCGACAAAUCAAUUUGUACCCAGAUUAUAUGGCUUCAAAAUUCAUCCAUUAGCUUAUCAAAUGCAACAACAAUCAGCAGCAACAUUUAAAGCCCCAUUACGUGCACUUUAUAACAAUGGCAAACGUUAAAACUUUAUAUAAUUAAAAUAACAUACAAAAAAAACCAUUUUUUUAGUGGAGCGUAUUAUUUCAUAACUGACUAAAAUAUAAUCUUUAUCUAAUAUUGUUUCAAAUAAAAGAAAAAAAUAUUUUUUA